GCGGAGUGGUGAGGGGAAGGAGGAGGGAAGUAGAACUUCAACAUGGCGGCUGUGGUACUGGCAGUGGGUACGGUGACGGUCUGGCCCGGAGCGGGCAGAGUUGGAGGUGGUGGCGUUCGCUUUCCCUAGGGGCCGUUAGGAGGUCAGCGGUGACCGAGGCUGGGAGGCCAUCCGGCGCCAGCACGUUUCGGCUUCUGGGACGGCAGCGGUAGCGGCGUUCAGGUUCUAAAUGGCUUCUAAGAAGUUGGGUGCAGAUUUUCAUGUAUGACUUCUCCUUGGAAAAGAAAACUAUUGAAUGGGCUGAAGAUAUUAAGAAAAUCCAAGAAGCCCAGCGGGAAGCAGAGCGCAAGGCUGAGGAAAUAGAAGCUAAAGUGAAUUCUAAGAGUGGCCCAGAGGGUGACAGCAAAAUGAGCUUCUCCAAGACUCACAGUACAGCCACAAUGCCACCUCCGAUUAAUCCCAUCCUUGCCAGCUUACAGCACAACAGCAUCCUCACCCCGACUCGGGUCAGCAGCAUUGCCAUGAAGCAGAAAGUUCUCAGCCCACCCCACACAAAGGCAGAUUUCAAUCCUGCUGACUUUGAGUGUGAAGAAGACCCAUUUGAUAAUCUGGAGUUAAAAACUAUUGAUGAGAAGGAAGAGCUGAGAAACAUUCUGGUAGGAACCACUGGACCCAUUAUGGCUCAGUUAUUAGAUAAUAACUUGCCCAGAGGCGGCUCUGGGUCUGUGUUACAGGAUGAGGAGGUCCUGGCAUCCCUGGAGCGGGCGACCUUGGAUAUCAAGCCUCUUCACAAACCCAAUGGCUUUAUAACCUUACCCCAGUUGGGCAACUGUGAAAAGAUGUCGCUGUCUUCUAAAGUGUCCCUCCCCCCCAUUCCUGCAGUAAGCAAUAUCAAAUCCUUGUCCUUCCCCAAACUUGACUCUGAUGACAGCAAUCAGAAGACAGCCAAGCUGGUGAGCACUUUCCAUAGCACAUCCUGCCUCCGUAAUGGCACCUUCCGGAAUUCUCUAAAGCCUUCCACCCAAAGCAGUGCCAGUGAGCUCAAUGGGCAUCAUACUCUUGGGCUUUCAGCUUUGAACUUGGACAGCGGCACAGAGGUGCCAACCCUGACUCCCUCAGAUCUGAUCUCCCAGAUGCCUUCCCUCUCUGUCUUGUCUGUGUGCACAGAAGAAUCGUCACCUCCAAAUACAGGUCCCACGGUAAGCCUUUUAAAUCCCCCUGAAUUAGAGCUCUAA